UCAAUCCAUUUAUCACAAAUGAUUAUAAAAUAAAAAUUUAUCUAAUUUAAUAUGAUAUUAGAGUCGAAACGUUUCUCUAAUAUAUCUUCCAAGUAAAAGAUGGUUUACCUUGAUGAGAUUAGGCCAUGAAAGACGAAAUGGUUGGUCUAAGCCAAAGUUACCACACCUGGAAACCAUCUAAUGUUGGGCUUGGUGAGAGUUUAGAAAUCAUAUUUGCAUACAAAAAGUGGGCGUCAUACUGCUUGUGUUACUUUGCUAUUGCGAGUUUACCAAGAAAAGUAAUAACGACGACGACAAAUCUGAUGGAAGUGCAUAAAAGAGACAUAUAUGCUUUUAAGAAACUCACAGUUUCUUUUUAAAAUUUUUUUUAUAUUUAUGAAAUAUAUUUUGUUGGUUAGUUAUUUAUAAUUCUCAGUUUGGAUAAUAAUAAAAGAUGAAAUUGGUUAAAAAAUAAUAAUAUGAUAUUAGAGUUCAAUCAAAUAAUUCAACUUAAUUUAUAAUUGAUAUAACUCAAAAGUUGGUCCAUUGAUCAUUGUUAAACAUUUCAAUAUUAAUUGUCAAAAACUAAUUCAACAUUUCAAUAUUAAUUCAACAUUUCAAUAUCAAGCUUUUGAGAAGAAGCUUCAUCAACUCAGAAAUUGUUCAUGUUUCGAGGACGGACAAUAAAAUGGCGGAUCGCUUGGCACGCAGUGCUCGGAUACAACCGUCGUUCGUCAUACACAUGGAUGCAGAGUUGCCACUAUGGUUUACGGAGUCUAUAUGAGUCUGUAAAUGUUCUUGCUGUCAAAAAAAAAAAAAAAAAAAAAAUUGUCAAAAACAAAUAUCUCGAAGGGAUGUACUUGAGACAACAUCCCAAAUUGAAAAUUGGAAGAAUCUUACGUAAUAUGUAAAAGAUAUGUGCUAAUCCCAUUUCUACCAUAUAGUUUAGGUUUCAUUGAAACCUAUCUAAAUUAAUAUUAUGAACUUCCCAAAUACUUUCUUCAGCUCUUCCUCUUUCGAGUCCCUGAGAAAGUGAGAAGUUAGCUUUGGCUUGCAAAUGCCUUUCUACUCAAGAACAAAGUUUCAUGCAUUCCUUUCUUGAUGCAUGAUUUUGAGUCUACUGACAUGAUAACCAUAUACAUUCAACGAACGCGAUUUUCAUUAGUUUAUAAUUCAUAACUUUGUCAAAGCAUCUUAACAUUAAUCACUUAAUCACACGAUCGAAUAAAAAAUGUGAUAAGGAAAUCUUAAAGAUCCUUCAACAACUAACACUCCCAUAAAUAAACAAAAACACAACGUGCGGGUCAGUAUGAGUACUAGCCAUGGCUAACACGUUCCUCUCUAUACAUAUGGUUAUAAGUUAUAACUUACACCUUAUUUGUCAUUUGAGAGAUUAGUUCGUGGCAUUAAAGAAAAAAAGAUGGGGAAAGAUUUCAAAAGCAUGGUCACAAGAUGCAUCUACGUAUCAAAAGAGAACGAUAACGCCAAGAAGCUGAAAACCAUAACUGAGGAGCUCAGGGAUCUACACAACAGUGUCAUGAAACGAGUCAAAAUGUACGAAGAUCAACAGAAGCUGAAGCGGCUCGAGAAAGUCCAGGUUUGGCUUAGACAAUCCGACGCAGCCAUCAAAGAGGCAGAAGAGAUGUUGAUGAUGUACAUGCCUUCUUCUGCAUCUAAUGGAUCAAACGUGAUGAUGAGUAGUAGUCACAAGAUAGACAAGAAGAUUAGCAAGAUGCUGAAAGAGGUUCAGGAGAUAAAGAGCCGAGGAACAUUUGAUGUGGUGGUUGAAAACAGUGGCGUUGGUGGUGGUGGGUCGAUGAUGAUCUCGACCGUUGAUAGAGAUGAUCAGACGGUUGGUUUAGAAGCGGUUUCAGGGUUGGUGUGGAGGUGCUUGACGGUGGAUAACACUGGGAUUAUUGGGUUGUACGGUGUGGAAGGUGUUGGGAAGACGACGGUGUUGACUCAGGUUAACAACAGGCUGCUUCAGCACAAGUCAAACGGGUUUGACUUUGUGAUUUGGGUGUUUGUGUCCAAGAAUCUGAAUCUUGAGAAGAUUCAAGACACGAUUCGGGAGAAGAUAGGGUUUCUUGAUAGGUCGUGGACGAACAAGACCGAGGAAGAGAAAGCCGGUAAGAUCUUUGAGAUACUUAGCAAGAAACGGUUUGCUUUGUUUCUUGACGACGUUUGGGAGAAGGUUGAUCUAGUGAAAGCUGGCGUGCCGCCACCCGAUGGACAGAACAGGUCGAAGAUUGUGUUCACGACCUGUUCAGACGAGGUUUGUCGGGAAAUGGGAACACAAACGAAGAUCAAGAUGGAGAAGCUGUCAUGGGAGAGAGCUUGGGACUUGUUUAAGAAGAAUGCUGGAGAAGAGACGGUGAAGAGCCACCCGGACAUAGCCAAGGUGGCUCAGGAGGUUGCAGCCAAGUGCGAUGGCCUCCCAUUGGCUCUGGUCACAAUAGGCCGAGCAAUGGCCUCUAAGAAAACACCUCAGGAAUGGCGUGACGCUUUGUACAUUUUGAGUAACUCCCCUCCAAAUUUUUCAGGUCCAAUUCUGUUAACUUCAAAUAUCCUUUGUUUAGUACUGCUACAUUUUAAAUUUCUUUAUAAAGUAUUUCUAACUAACAUUUCAUUUAAUCGUGUAAUAGUUCUCAAGUUGCUGGACAGGAACUAGUUGAUGUGCACUCGAGGAACAAUCUUGCUGUGCAUGGAGAGCAAAAAGAUAGCUGCGUACAUUUUGAUUAGGGAGAUUAAUGAUUGUAAUUCAUUUGUGUAUCUUAUUUGAGAGUUUAUGUCUUCUUUAUGUCACCGGCUAGAGUUUGAAGAAUUUGGUUGGAAGGCUUGGAAUGUUUUGAACUUUUGGUGGUUAAUUAUUGGUUUUGUAUUUAAUUUAUUUUAACCGAAAAGGUUUGGUUCUCUUGAAUACAUAUCUAGAUAAAUGAUUUCUAUCUAAAAGGAGAGUUAGGUGCUAUUUAGCCUUGCUUUCCGCAAUUAUUGAUCCUCCUGAAGGAUAUAUGCUUGGCUAAAGGGAGUUAGGCAGCUAUUUAGGCCAUAAUUGUACUCUUUCCUAUGAUAUAUCAACUCACAUAAAAAGAAGAUUAUUCAUAUGAUAUGUUGUCUUCAUCACGGCACAUACUUUUAUAUCUUUUGUUGUCUUCAUCACGGCACAGACUUUAUUUUCUGGAAGCUUCAAAUUAUCAACUCAUGUUAAAUUGUGAAGAAAUAAGAAUUUUCAAUGUUUAUUAUUCUACAUUACAAUGAAGAAAUAUACCUGUUCUUAAAGUGGAUCUGUGAAGAAUACUAAAAUAGCUAAUACAAAAAAUUAGUAUUUCAAAAGUAGAAUACUUCACAGAUAGAUAAACGUGUUCUAAACAAACAUCUUUGCGUAUCUUAGGUCUAGCAUUAUAUACAAUAAUGUUUAUCUUAAUCCAAAAAGCUUAAUCUAUCAAAAGUUCAUUGUAUCUAGAUCCAUUUUUGUUUGACAAAAAGAAAAAUCUAGAGCCAUCUUCAUACCUACAUUAUAUAUAAUAUAAACAUAUUGGUAUGCUAUAUAUAUUCAAAGAAACCAUCAGUUGAGCAAUACAAAAACUAAGCAAGAACUAUCAGUGUUGUAGAGCAACGUUUCUCUCAUCUAAUGUCUUCUUCAUACGUAUCAUCAACCUACGAGCCAAUGAAAGCCGGAGAACAUCCAAAGAGAGCAGGGAUGGCGGAUAAUACUCCGGUAAGGAAGAGGGCAGUGAAAGAACGUGACAUCAACGAAAGUGCAGAGGCAUUUAUACAAAAGUUCAGAAAGCAGCUCCUCCAAACGGUUGGAAUCAACUGCCAGUGACAGCAAUGCCCGUAAUUUUAACUAGUAGAAAUCAUCACCUAUAUCGUUUUUAACCCAAAAGAUCUUUGAAACUUUGGGAUCGUAUGUGCGUAUAAUCUUCUAUGUAUUAAGAGAAAAAAGUAUCA